AUGGCGGCCAUCACAGAGUUCCAGAAGGUGGGCAUCGGCCUGAUGGGCUUCGGCCUGUUUUUCCUGGUCUUCGGGGUGCUGUUCUACUUUGACUCGGUCCUUCUGGCCUUUGGGAAUAUCCUGUUUCUGUCUGGACUGGCGUUCAUCAUCGGCUUCAGGAGGACGGCCCACUUCUUCUUCCAGAGACAUAAGUUUCGUGGUUCGUUGUUCUUCCUGGGGGGCGUGGCGCUGGUGCUGUGUCGAUGGCCCAUUAUCGGGAUGUUAGUGGAAAGUUACGGAUUUGUGCUUUUAUUCAGGUCCUUCUUCCCCAUGGCUCUGGGAUUCCUUCUGUCCGUGGUCAACAUCCCAUUCCUCAGUUCUUUUUCCUCCAACAGUUCAUCCAUGGUCUGAGUAGAAGACAGUGGACGUUGUCCUGAAGGAGACCACCCAUCCUCUGGACUUUUAAUUUAUUAUUACGUUGUACUGUAUGUUUU